CUGCGACUCCACCCCUCCUCCUCUUCCUCCUCCUCCUCCUGCAGACCGAAGAGGCAUGGCGAGCACCGAGGCUAGAAGGGAGUGUGAGACAGAAGGCUGCAGCAAGGACGCCAAACUCCAGUGUCCCACAUGUAUCAAGCUUGGUAUUCAAGGCUCCUAUUUCUGCUCACAGGAAUGUUUCAAAGGGAGCUGGGUGUCUCACAAGUUGCUGCACAAAAAAGCAAAGGAGGACCAGAACCAGAUUGAAUCCAAGAACUGUGUGGAGAAUGACAUCAACACAGACCCAUGGCCGGGCUACCGCUACACAGGGAAACUACAGCCUCACUACCCACUGACUCCCAUGAGGCCCGUGCCCGGUGACAUCCAAAGACCUGACUAUGCCGAUCAUCCCAGAGGGAUAUCCGAGUCUGAGCAGUUUCUGAAGGGGACGUCACAGAUCAAGACCCUUUGUCCCGAGGACAUAGAAAGCAUGAGAGUAGUAUGCGAGCUGGCACGAGAAGUCCUGGACAUCGCAGCCGUGAUGGUGAAAAUUGGUGUUACAACAGAAGAAAUCGACCAUGCUGUGCAUCUGGCUUGCAUAGCGAGGAACUGCUACCCCUCCCCUCUCAACUACUACAACUUCCCCAAAUCCUGCUGCACAUCUGUCAAUGAAGUCAUCUGCCAUGGCAUCCCAGACAGAAGACCAUUACAAGAGGGAGAUAUCCUCAACGUGGACAUCACCGUCUACCACAACGGUUUCCAUGGCGACCUCAACGAAACCUUCUACAUCGGCGAGGUGGAUGAAGAAGCAAAGAAACUGGUUGUGACCACGUAUGAAUGCCUUAUGCAAGCCAUCGACUCCGUUAAGCCUGGCAUCCGCUACAGAGAGUUAGGUAACAUCAUUCAGAAGCACGCCCAGGCCAACGGCUUCUCUGUGGUGCGGAGCUACUGCGGCCACGGCAUCCAUAGACUUUUCCACACCGCUCCCAAUGUGCCACAUUAUGCCAAAAACAAAGCAGUUGGAGUUAUGAAGCCUGGCCACGUGUUUACCAUUGAGCCCAUGAUAUGUGAAGGUGGCUGGCAAGACGAGACGUGGCCCGACGGCUGGACGGCGGUGACCAGAGACGGGAAGCGCUCGGCCCAGUUCGAACACACCCUGCUGGUGACGGAGACCGGCUGCGAGAUCCUCACCCGCCGCCUGGAGGACAACGGCCGCGCUCAUUUCCUUAACCAAGUGUAGGCUGGACUUGAACGCACCAAGGACUGGACUUUUCCAGACACAAGACACCCAGCACCUCUGGGCCUCACACUCACUCACACACACACACACUCACACACUCACGCAAACACACACACACACACACACACACACACACACACACACACACACACACACAAAAACACACGCACACGAAUCUGAAACAAGAGGCACCACUCCUAGAGCUCAGUUUAACUGUGGCUCUCAUUGUUCUUUGAAUUAAAUAUCGGUUCCUCAAAUUAAAUGGAAGUACUUGAAUGUGUCUUAUAUCAAACGUGGAUCGCUUUAUUAGUGAAAACUGUAUCCUCUGAACGAAAAUAUGAACGUAUUUAUGAGAUUUGGUUUUGCUUAGUGGUCUGGCUUGACAUCAGGUCUUGUGUUGACCUCUGGGUCAUGAGUUCUUACUGGCUGGCUAGUUGUUGUCUGUGGUGUGUGUGUGUGGUGCUCAGGGCUAGUACGCCAUGCUUCACUUCUUUUCUCUCAACCUCUGUUUAACUUAAAUCAGACUUCAUAUGAAUUUCCCAGAGAUGGAAUGAAAAGAAUCCGCAAUACUAGAGGACAGAGGAGGCUUCCUGGAAACUGGGUCAACAAGUAUCACAACAUAUCAACAACUAGCAACUUAUCUUAGAUAUAGAAAAUAAAUAAAUAAAACUAGGUUUGAAAACCUUAAUUUAGAUUUCAGCCAACAAAAAUCAACCCUCUGUCAGCACUUAUGAAACAGAAGCAGAGUUUAACAGUAGACAUAUUUAAAGGUUGAUAUUUUAGGAAAUACACUUAGUCGCUUUCUUGGCCAGAGUUAGAUGCAUAGACUGUUUUAUAAAGAUGAACGACACUUCUCCACUUCCUCCCACUGUACAAAAGUGAAGCUAAAAUAUUGGCCAUCUUGAGAUUUCCUUCUCGACACCAAUAACUUGUGGUAUCGACUGAUACUGGCUACUGAUCCGAUAACAGCGUGAUUAAAAAAAAUAUAUAUAUAUAUUGUUAGCGGCAAAGAAAAAUUGAUUCCCGGUUAAACAAGUAGAUUUUUUCAGGGUUAAUAAAUUAUAGUAUCAGAUCGGUGCGUAGACUGGCGUACUCGCCGGUACUCGAUCCCGAACUUUGGGCAGCAUCGGACGCAUUUCCCAUAGUGGUGUCGGUAUCGGAACAACUCUAGCCUGCGCAGUAGUGAUCGGGCAGUGGAGCCGCACUAUCGAAGUCCCGCCCAUACACCCACAGGAACCAAUAGCGAGCCGCAGCUUGUCAGCUAGAGAGAAUUACAGCUGUCAAUCAUGACGUCACACCCCCUUUUUUAUAGCAUCAUUACUUAAUUAAAACCAGAAAAAUGCUUGAGCAUUCAUCAGAGUGAUAAGAACUACCUAUAAUGAAAGAAACCAUCUCUGUGAGCUAUACUGCAACCAGCCACCAGGGGGCAAUUAAGAUGUUUUGGCUUCACUUUUGGGGAGCUGUCAUGUCGUCCAUUUUUAUACACAGUCUGGUUAGAUGAGAAAAUCACCCCCGUUUCCAGUCUUUAUUCUAAACUAGGCUGAGUUUAGCUAACCUCUUCUUAGGUGUAGCUUCAUAUUUAAUGGGCAGAUAUGAGAGUUGUAUUUGAAAUUAUCAUCUAACUCUUAGCAAGAAAGCAAACUUUCCAAAAUGUUUGAACUAAUUUCUGUACUGGUUAUGAAAGAAGAAUAAUAAUGAUGUAUUGCUUCAUGCCAGCCUGUUGGUUAGCUAAUCACAGCACCAGGUCAACUAUCACUGUCUUAUUUAACUGGUGACGCAUCCAGCAGAAGCACUCAAUUGUUAUAUCCUGAAUGUGGCUAAUAUUAGUGCACACACACAGUUUUCCAGUAAUCAGCCCAUGGUUGCUAGGAGAAUUGUGACGCAACACACAGAGCAUCUACAUAAAUCUCCAGAACGAGAACGACGACAUUGAGCACAAAGUCGUUCAGGUGUCGAGCUUGUUAAUCCUGCUUCGAGGAAUACUCUUCUGGCGUCUCGUGUUUUCAGAUAGCCCUGGUGUAGCAAAUUGAGCCUUAAUGUGUGAAUCUAGGAAUUUAAAACACGCCGGAUAUCUCAUGAUGUUUCCUCUCAUCUCGACAGUCACCAUUUACCUUCACGUGUUGGGGAUUUGCCUGGCGUGAGCAGCAUUCAUUCUUUCUAUUUUCAGAGGACUAAUGUGAUCACAGUUUCUCUGCCAUCUUUGUAUUUCUUCUAAUGGAGUAAUAAAUGACUCUUCUGUA